CUUUCUUCUCUUUCUUCUCUCUCUCUCUCUCUCUCUCUCGAGAACUCUCUAAUGGCGAUGAUGGUUGAGAAUAGCUACGGUGGUUACGGUGGUGGUGGUGGAGAAAGGAUACAACUUAUGGUCGAAGGUCAAGGCAAAGCUGUUCCUGCACCGUUCUUGACAAAGACUUAUCAACUUGUUGAUGAUCCUGCGACUGAUCAUGUUGUCUCUUGGGGUGAUGAUGACACUACUUUUGUCGUUUGGCGUCCACCGGAGUUUGCUCGUGAUCUUCUUCCUAAUUACUUUAAACAUAACAACUUCUCUAGCUUCGUUCGUCAGCUCAACACUUAUGGUUUUAGAAAGAUUGUACCAGAUCGAUGGGAGUUCGCGAACGAGUUUUUCAAGAGAGGAGAAAAGCAUUUACUUUGCGAAAUCCACCGCCGCAAAACAUCUCAAAUGAUACCACAACAACACUCACCCUUCAUGUCUCACCACCACGGCCACCACGCUCCGCCGCAGGUUCCCUUCUCCGGCGGCAGUUUCUUCCCUUUACCACCGCGUGUCACAACUCCAGAAGAAGACCAUUACUGGUGCGACGACUCACCACCGUCAAGACCACGAGUUAUACCACAACACAACAACAUUGACACCACGGCGGCUCAAGUUACAGCAUUGAGUGAAGACAACGAGAGAUUACGACGGAGCAACACAGUGUUAAUGUCCGAACUUGCUCACAUGAAGAAACUUUACAACGACAUUAUCUACUUUGUUCAGAACCAUGUCAAGCCUGUUGCUCCAAGCAACUCUUACCUCUCUUCGUUUCUCCAGAAACAACAACCUCCAACACUUGAUUAUUACAACACCGCCACUACUGUCAAUGCCACUACUAAUAAUAAUCUCAAUCAUGGUUUGAACUCAUCUCCACCAACUUCACAAAGCUCAAUCACAGUUCUUGAAGACGACACUAAUAAUCACGAUCAGAGGAACAUGAGAAAGACUAAGCUUUUUGGAGUUUCGUUGCCUUCUUCUAAGAAGAGAUCACAUCAUUUCUCAGACCAAAGUAGCAAAACUCGACUUGUGUUGGAUAAGUCUGAUCUUGCUUUGAAUCUCAUGACUGCUUAAGAUUACUCUUUUGGUUUUUUGCUUUUUUUUGAAGUAUCAGUGAUGAUCAAGCAUUAUUAGCACUUAAUGUUGUUAUGAUGAACAUGAAUAUUAAGACUUUUUUUUUGGUUUCUUUUGAUUAAUAAUCUUGUUUAAUGAUGUUUUAUGUUUUUGUUAUUAA